CUUCCAGCCAGGGAAGCACCUUGUACGACAUCUCCCGAGUGAUCUUCUCAAGUGAGAAGCUUGAGACAUUCAACUGGAGCUACCUCGACCAUACAUCUGCAUUCGAGGAGAGCGGGAGUAUGGUCUCAAGGAGGCUCUUAAGUAUUGGCGACUACGUAUGCUGUUGCUGCCCGGCUCUCAGGCAGCAACACGCAAGAUCAUCGAUAGCAAGGACCGCCAAGUGCCGGUGCGACAUCUAUCCAGACUUUACUGCCACUGACGAGGCAAUUCAGUCGGGAGGCCUUCGUCAAGUUUCUUGAAAUCAUGAAUCGAAUCCGGUGGCCCGCCAACACAAGGCGCUCGAAGUCCGUUGGGGCCUGGGUACGAGCUUCAGGAGGCCCUAUGCGUUUGAGCAUCAGCCACCAGGGGUCGCCGCUAACGACAUCUCCACAGUCGGGCCCUGUGUCCGCAAUCACAGCUAGUACAUUCCGUGACAGAGUGUCCAGCAACCGCAUUCACGACCGGCCGCGCAGCCUCCACACGGAGCACCUCCGUGCUGACGUGAUGCCUGUUGGCAAGAUGACACCAGCCACGGACUCUGACAGCAAGAAGGAUGGGUCCAACUCCUCCCUGGAAGCCACACCAGAGUCAGUUGCCGGAGAAUGCUCAGAAGACAAACCCCAUGUCGAAGUGAAAUGCUUGACUGUGGUAACACCUCCUUCUGAAAUUGUGGAAGCAAUGAAAAAUCCCAGUGAUGGCAUCUGCUUCCUGCCCAAGCAAGGUGGCAUCCCUCAAAACUCUUUCAUUAGUGUCGAAGCUACGGCAUGGGUUCGAGACCACGUGGAAGGCAUACACUCCGACCACGAUGCCAUCCAACUGCUUCAGAAACUGGUAGAAGAGUCCUACAUUUGCCAUGCAUCUGGAGAUGUAAACCAUCCGUUCAUCAAUGGCUUUUACAUUUACUCUUUCCCGGACAAGAAUACCAAAGAAAAUUAUGAGGUAGAUCUGGAUGCUUACCAACACGAGUGGAUCGAAGUGGAGCUGCUGCCUCAGAAUGAACACAGUGGAAGUGCAGGCGAGCUGGACAGCACUGAAAUUGAUAUUGGCAAAAAGCUGGAGUUCCGGAAUGUCAAUGUCGACAUCGAUGUUGGUGGUCGCAGUGACCGGCCUGAAUGGGGUCAGGCACAGUACCACACCAUAUUCCAGCCAGGAGAAGCAUUCGAGAUCAUUGUUGAGUGGAUGGUUGCUACCGGUUACAUAAUUGCUGAUCUGGUGCUGGGCUGGGCACGCAAAGCAAACAGCCAAGGACUGCAGUUAGUACCCAUUCCGAGUGACCCAUUUGUGUUGCCUGAGUCACCCAAAUCUGACCCCCUGCGGGGUGCCAUCUUUAUGCCACUGCACAUUGGCGUCCUUGACAAUCCUGCCUCCCAGCUGCUACGAGGAGGGGGCCUGGAGCAGUUUCAAGAGUAUGUGGCACAUCGGUUUGGCUUCAUCACUCUGAGAGACCUGCAGUCCACCGUGGAGCAUCGCACUUAUGUGCACACGACGGGUGGCAUGUUCCUCAUGAUCCCUCGUAGCAGCCCCAGCAGCAAACCUAGUCCAUCAGACGAAGCUGAUAAGUCACUAGACUAUAUCUGCUGUGAAGCUGAUGUGAUGGAGCAUUGUUUAAAGCACUGUGAAGAACCACCACCAGCUUGUACGAAUCGAAAGGUGGGCUUCCUCUGGUCAUACAACUACAUGAUCACGAAGCGCUGGAAGAACACGGCCACCAUUGACGAGCAGUUCAUGCGAGGCGUGAUGCAGGACUUCCGCGCCCUGUGCAGCAACCACGAGGGCCGACUUGUCGAAGCUUUCGAAGCCUGGCUAUGCACGUGGUGUGUCGGUGCCAUGCAGGGAAGCCAGGCAGCAGAGCUCUUUCCCCAGAUCGAACAGUGAAGAGGCCGCAUGCCAAGUCGAGCUUGGCUUGCUGCCAUAUGUAUAUAUGACCAGUGUAUACAGUGUAGAUAACCUAGGGCUUGCAAUUGACCUAAUGGGAUUUGUAAUAAAUUGUAAUAAAAGCAAUGUGAAAUGCUA